UAAGGAGGAGGUUAUAUCCUGCUUGCCUCUGACUUGCUCGGCUCGCAGCAGCGGCUUCUUGUUGCUCGUCCAAAUGCAACAUCGCAGGGGUUGCGAGUGGCGGCUGGGGAAGAGCUCGGGGCUGGCUCCCGCAAGAAGAGCAGCCAGGAAGCCGGGGGCUGAAGGCAGCAGCUGCUGCUGAGCACAGGUGAGAGUGGAGUGAUUCCUGAAACGUCAGUGGGAGAAUUUUUCAGUCUAGCACGGGAUAAGCUCACAGCAUAAGCUUCUCUGGGGACUUCUGUUGCUUUAAAUAAGAACCUUCAUUGCCACAUGAUGCAAGGUGAGAGAUUUCCUUUCUGAGAAAGAGAUUGGCUCUGCUCACAGCUCUUGAGAAGCCAGACUGUCUUGCAAAGAGCGUGAUGGGCAGCUGGAGAAGGUGAGAAGACCUGCGACAAGCUGUUAACCAAGCCUUUCUUAAUUGCCUGGAAUCCUAUGAAAGUAGAGUUUUCUUUCUGGAGGAAAUGACUGAUGACUCAAAACCUUAUAUUUUUCAAGUCUCUUAUCCUCCGAAGUAGAUAAAGCAGCAACUGGCUAGGCAACUAAAUUCAGAAGCUUUAUCAUUUUUUUUAAAAAGCUAGGAUCCAAAUUUGCAUCAAAUUGUUUUUAAAGGUUCUAAUUUACAGUGUGCCUUUUUUUGGAAGAGGAAGUCUGUCUUCCAUCAUCUCUAAAGAACUAUUGAACUAUUUAUUCCUUGCAGUUGCUGUUAAAAAAAGAAACAUAACCAAACAAAUCUGGACCUGAAACUAGGAAGAUACAGAUCUGGGAAAAUGAUCCAGGAAGUUAUGAACCAAAGAAGUGAAUAAUCUAGCCAAUUUGUGGAUUGUGUCUGAAGGAUCCUUGCCUAAGAGAGAACUGCAGGCAAGGCAAUCCAGAGUGGAUUUGAUCUUGUUAGAAUCUGCUGCAGUUUCUCUGCUGGCUCUGUGGCUGGCAUCUCCAGUACUGGAUUCUGCUUGAUGGGGGGUUUUGCUAGAGGAGCAGACCUUGCAGCUAAAGACAGAACUGUGGACUUAGCGGGGUUAGUAUCUAUAUGCCAAAAGGCAUAUUGGCUGAACCACCAAGCAAAAAAAAAACUUCUCUAGCAAUUGUCUUCUGUAGUACAUUAACAGUUUGUGGAAGCUAUCGUAAUCUUGCAACAUGACAUCCAAGCAGGAACAAAAAGAAGCUCAUCACACCAAUGGAGUGGUGCUACCCAUUGUUUCUGGGUCUAUAGACUGUCUCUCCAGUCCUGAUAGAGAGCAUCUAGUUGACUCCUCAGAGUUUUUGGGACCUGAUGUAGUCGGAGUGGAGGUGGUGGUGAUAGACUCUCGAGCCAAUGCCAAAGGGGUACAUGAGGAGGAUGCCCUGCUUGAGAAUGGCAGUCAGUCCACUGAGAGUGAUGAUACCAGCACUGACCGGGGCCCAGAGCCAAGCUCUCCUCUCAAAGAGACUUCCUUUUCCAUUGGGCUGCAAGUCCUCUUUCCUUUUCUGCUGGCAGGGUUUGGGACGGUAGCUGCUGGAAUGGUAUUGGACAUGGUGCAGCACUGGGAUGUCUUCAAGUAUGUGGGCGAAGUAUUCAUCCUGGUUCCAGCCCUCCUGGGACUGAAGGGAAAUUUGGAGAUGACACUAGCAUCUCGGCUUUCUACUGCUGCUAACAUUGGGCAAAUGGACACCCCCAAAGAACUCUGGAGGAUGAUAACAGGGAACAUGGCUUUGAUACAGGUUCAAGCAACAGUGGUAGGUUUUCUGGCAUCAAUUGCUGCAGUGGUAUUUGGCUGGAUCCCAGAUGGACACUUCAGCAUUGGCCAUGCCAUUCUUCUCUGCGCUAGUAGCGUGGCUACAGCCUUCAUAGCUUCCCUUGUGUUGGGCAUGAUCAUGAUUGGCGUAAUCAUCGGCUCUAGGAAGAUGGGCAUUAACCCUGACAAUGUGGCUACGCCUAUUGCUGCAAGUCUGGGUGAUCUCAUCACUUUAGCUUUGCUUUCUGGGAUCAGCUGGGGCCUCUACAUAGAGCUAGAGGAUAAAGCCUAUGUGAAUCCUCUGGUGUUUGCUUUCUUUGUUGCUCUGCUGCCCCUUUGGAUCAUCAUCGCCAAGAAGAAUCCAGCUACCCGGGAGGUUUUGUACUCUGGCUGGGAGCCAGUCAUCAUUGCUAUGGCUAUCAGCAGUGUUGGAGGCUUAAUCUUGGGUAAAACUGUGUCGGAUCCAAAUUUUGCAGGGAUGGCAGUCUUCACGCCUGUUAUCAAUGGUGUUGGUGGCAAUCUAGUUGCUGUCCAGGCUAGCCGCAUCUCCACUUACCUCCACAUGAGUGGGAUGCCUGGAGAAGCCUCAGAGAUGGCUCCCCGCAAGUGUCCAAGCCCUUGCAGUACUUUCUUCAGUUCAGAUGUGAAUUCCCAGUCUGCUCGGGUGCUCUUUCUUCUGGUCGUUCCUGGCCACUUGGUUUUCCUUUACACCAUCAGUUCCAUGCGAGGUGGCCACACAACACUCACCUUGAUCUUUAUAGUUUUCUACAUGACAGCAGCACUUCUCCAGGUUUUCAUUCUUCUCUACAUUGCUGACUGGAUGGUUCACUGGAUGUGGGGCAGAGGCCUGGACCCAGACAACUUUUCAAUUCCAUAUUUAACAGCGCUAGGUGACUUGCUUGGGACAGGUUUCUUGGCACUCAGUUUCCACAUCCUAUGGCUCAUUGGCGACCGGGACACAGAUGUGGGGGAUUAAAGGCACCCUUCCUUGACUUUUUUCCACUUCCCAGCUCUUCCCCUUCCAUGACAUCCCUCCCCCCUUCCCCCAAGCCUUGCUGGCCACCCUUUGUCUCUCUUUGGGACUUUAACUUUGAUACUGGAUUCUCAUUAUUUUCAAUGGGAAUUUUAUGUGGUUUAUAUUUCAAGCCAAGUUUGUACAGGAAAAAGUAGUUUUAAGGGCAAAACAAAAAAGUGUAAAGAGAAUCACCAAGUGCAAUUUCAUAAUGUCUAAACUAAUAGAAUAUAACAGAAAAUGGAUCAGCAAUUCAGAUUUUAAAGAAACCCCACUUCCUCAUUCUGCAUCCACAUGGGACACUAAAUGUAAAGGGCCACCUGUUUGUCUAUUUUUUAAAAAUGUUUCAGAUACAAUUCAGGUUUAUUUUGUUAUUAAACUGAGGGCAAGAGUUCUUCACCUAACUGUUCUGAAACUGAUUAAAUGGUUUGUGGUUAUUACAUACUUAUUGCAUAUCCACUUCCUGCUUGUCUGCACUAAUAGUGUUCUCUCUGAUUUGGCCACAAGCCUUUGACCAUCAUGCAAAUAGCAAAUAUGGAGUUUGUUGCAGUGUAUUACAUCUUUCCCUUUGCUGAUGAAUGAGAUCUUUAAUGGACAUUAAGUUACCCUGCAAUAUGUCUUCCUACCACCAACCAUUCCAAAUAUGCUAGUAAGACCUUGAAAGCUGAGCUCUAGAAUACUUGUUUAUCCAAAGUUCAGCUCGUUAGUACUGGCCAUUGUUCAUGCUGAUCAUAGGUUCACCAAUCAAGAUACUGCCAUUUUAUAUAUUAUCUUGUUGUAGCCUCCUGAAAAGUCUGAGUUAUUUUUCCAUGGCAUCAUGCCAUUUCUCACUGAAAAACAUUAAACUCUAUUAAACAUAAGCUGCCAACUGGCCAUCUCCAUUCUCAAAGGUUAGAUUUUCACUUUUUUACACAGCAAAUUAUGUACUCUGGAUGCUUACUCAUCUUUUGGCUUUUUAAAACAUGAGUCUCAUUGACCACACUGUGUAUGAGCCAUAUGACCUGCAAAGCUAUGAACUAAUUGGAAUCCAGAACACUCUUGGUAUCAUGGAUGCCUGGUACUAAGAAGUCUAAUAUUUUUGUGUGUGUGGUAAGCCAUGCUUGUACACUCUGAACGGAGAGUGCUUUGCAUCUACCAACAGUUAGGGAACUUGAUACAAGAUUAUUGGGUGGAUAUACAACUCCAUACAUUGGAUCUCUGGCUUUGCUCUGAGUAGUAUCUAUCAUUCAGGGGUGGCCAAUGGUAGCUCUCCAGAUGUUUUAUGCAUGGCUGAUGGGAGUUGUAGGCAAAAAACAUCUGGAGAGCUACCGUUGGCCAUCCCUGUAUCAUAUUAUUCCUAGUAUACCAUAAGGCAGUUGUUUUUGUAGUAAAGACCUUCAUACACAUUCAUGGUUGAAAGCUCUUCACAUGUGAGCUAAGGAUUUGUAUAGAAGGUUACAUCAACCUUGUGUGUCUGUAACUACAGUGUUCUGUUAAAUAUACGUGCCUGCUCUUCUGAGCUGUUAUUCCCUAAAUACUGACAUGUACUGACAGUGUUUCUUGCCUUUGCAUUGUGCCAUCUUUCAAUUUUUGACACUAAGGUGUUAUAGCAGGUCUUACUUUAGAUUUCCUAUAGUAUUUCAUCUAUUUUAUGUCUAUAGAGGUACAUUUCACUGGCCAAAAACUGACACAAUGCUUUAUUGGGGAAUGUCAUUUAAGUCUCAUAUCCUAAGAAAGUCUGAAUAUUGGGAAUCUAGAUUAAACACUUCAGAUGUUUUGUUCACUGUAUUCUUCAGCAAGUGGCCUACCACCAAGGCAACCAUAAUUUGGAGAACGAAUCACGCAGAUCUACUUGCAUUAGCAGGAAAUUACUUUUUUUAAAGUGCAACUAGCUUAUUGAAUGUUGAUCUGUAGAGUGACUCCUAUUCUCUGUGCUGGUUGUGCGCAUGGAACAGUUGUAUGUGCAGUUCAAUACACAUUUAUAUAAACAGCCUAAAUAACUUUGCUUGCAUGAAAUGUAUGAAAGGGAAUCUUUUUCAUUUACCACAUUAAUAAAGGGUUCUUCAGAACAGUGUCCUUGUAGACAGGAAGUCUUGUGCUGGAUAUUCAGUAUUAGAUUAAAUUGUGUAAAUCUAAAGUUGCUGGAAUUUUAAUUGGCUGUAAGUCAUGCCUGUCUUUUGUCAGGCUUACUGUAUUUCGCAGCUGCACAAUUAGUUCCCCUUUCCUACUUUUGCAUGAACAGCGACAUAUUACUUUAUUGUGUAUGUGGUUCUUUCCCAAAUAAAGGUGAAGGCUGGUGAUUAUAUUUGAAUCAAGAAUUGCAGGUCUCUGAAAGCCAAGAUCCCAAAAUUGAUUGGCAACUCUGAACAGGCUAUGCUACAAUUUUAUAUUAAUUGGAUAUUGCUUUUAGAAGGUUGGCUGUCCCUGACUUGAUCAAUAAGGACACUGUUGCCAGCAGCAAGUACCCUGGUUCAGCCUCAGUACCAGAUGGAUCACAAAAUGGAUUUCCCAUUCAUUAUGGAUUUAGGAUUCAAGCCUUUGGCAGUACUGCUCAAAUUCUGAAGGCAUGAUCAAAACAGUAGCACAGUUGGUACUUAAGUAACAUUGUAAUGGCUCAGUUGGACCACUGUGGCUGUAAUGCUUAAAGUGGGAUUACUUCAGAAUAUUCCUAGUGCUGUAGACCUUUUUUACUGUGGUCUGUGCACUGCAAUUUUUGCUUAAUAUGCCCUGAAAAGGAAAUCUGUGGGACCACUAUGCUGAGGUGUCUGUAGGGCAAUCCUUCCAUUGCAAGAUGAUACCAGCAAUAUGGAUGACAAUGUCAGGGUUGCCUUACUUCUGACACUGACUGCUGAAAUUUAAUCCUCAAAAGUAGCUGAAGAGCUCUUUGGAAAUAUUAGGUUUUGGUCUAGAAUGGAUCUUCACAAAGUAACUUACAGCAUUCUCUCUGAAUUCAUGAGGGCCUGAGACGUUCAUCCUGUUGCCUUCUGGACUUCUAAAAUGAGCUUUGUCUCACCAGCUUGUGCUGGAUGCAUCUUAAAUCUUGACCUGACACACAAGCUCAUGGUGUCUAACUGAAUUUCAUGUAAGUGUUUUGUCACAUUAUUGUUUUUCCCCUAGUUAACAUCUGUAUAUCUCAUGAAAGUGUUUAACUCUCCUAGUAUUGGUCACAAUUUAGCCCAAGGUUCAGAAGCUGAGUGCUUGGGUGAUAUCCCUGGUUUUUUUUGUCUGCAGUGGGGCUGAAGGUGGGGUAAGAAUGGGGUGUUUAAAUGAAUUUCCUGUAGAAUAAUUUUAUUCUCACCAGUUGCACUCAAAUGCAUGUAUAUUUAGAUCUGGCUGAAAAUGAAAAUGAUUGGUUUACACCUCUAUUAAGAGAAUUCUUAAUUAUUUAUAGUUGCUGUAACUAAAUUGACAAAUGCCAACUUAACUGAUAAAUUAUAUUUGGUAAAAUAAAGAUUACAUUUAUUUAUAA